AACUCUCGUUCAUUCCAAAUCCUUUGCCGCGCCUAUUCACAGAUACAAUCAUGAGGAGCUUACUGGUUUUCAUCUACUUGGCCACCAGUUCUCUCGCCCAAAAUUUAUAUAUGGAAAAUAUUGGCUACCUGAACUUACCAGACUGUUCCGUUGCUAACAUUAACAUGUUUGCCGAUUCAGCAGUAAAGGCGGCAUUUCAUGAGGCUACCCGGAUGUUGUACGUCGCAGGUGACAAGUGCGUUCAUGUUGUUGACAUUGGAGAUCCCACAUCACCUGUCCGCCUAAAGACCCAAUAUUUUACUGACGGUAUUGAUGGGAAAUUUGGUGGACAUUGAAAUCUGUGGAGAUACUAUAGCAGUUUUGGUCGAGGGCCCGCUCCCUCUCGGAGAAGGUCAUGUUUACCUAUGUGAUCGCUACCAAUCGGUCAGUGACUCCUUCGAUUGCACGAAGCAGAACAGAAUUAUAGUGGGCGAGUCACCAAAGAGCUUUAAAUACACCAGUGACUGCGAGAAGCUGAUAGUUGCCAAUGAAGGCCGUGCUGGGUUGUUAAAUGGGGUGUUCACAGAUCCCGUAGGAACGGUGUCCAUCAUUGACAAACGAUUGGCGACUGCAGGAGCUCCCUGUACCAGGGAACUCUCAUUCAACUACUUCGACAGUCGCACCAUCGAUUUCUUGACCAAAGGUUUGCGUUGGACUUACCGUGGUGACCAUAACAACGGUAUCGUCACGACGUUUUCACAGGACUUAGAGCCAGAAGGUAUCGCCAUCAGUGACGACAACACCAGGGCAUACGUCACAUUGCCGGAAGCUAAUGGAAUUGCAGAGAUCAAUCUUGUCAACGAUAGUUGGUUAGACAUGUACGCCAUGGGAGUCAAGGACUGGAGCACACAGAUGCUAGAUGCUAGUGACAGUGAUGCUGGCAUCAACAUGGUCGCGAAUUAUGCCGUAAAAGGCAUGUACCAACCGACUGCUGCCGUCUACGUUCAGGGAAUGACGUCACAUUAUGUUGUGACUGCCAACACGGGUGCGAUGAGGACUUACACGAUGGCUGAACAGGGAGUGGACUACUCUGAUAACGGACGAGGACACACGCUGCUUUUUGACUCAAUAAUUGACGCACAAGAAAUUCCAGCAAAUCUGAUUCCUGACCUCAACAGCAACGCACGCCUUGGGCGAGCUCACAUGAGCGUUGUAGAUGGACGUAGUAUCAUCUCAGGGCUUAUCAGUGACAUUCACCUGUUCGGAGGGAGGGAUCUCGGCUUCUGGAACACCCUGUCACAGUCAUUCACAUACACUACAGGUGAUCAACUAGAGACUCGCGCCAAGGAUGACUUCCCGGCUGUUUUCAAUGGGGACUGUUCUGAUACAGCAUCGAGUCCUUCAGAUGAGAGUGACACGCGCUCUGAUGAUCUGGGCCCUGAACCUAACGUUCUUGCAGCAGGUCACUACAACUCUGUACCUAUCAUAGCUGCAGCAACACGAAAUGGUCUCAUAUACCUCUACACUUUGUCAGUCAACACACCGACCUUCAAUAGUGUUUAUAGACUGGGAAACGUCACGGCUGAGUGGGGACAAGCUCAGGGGUCAGCAGCGGCAGGAGACGGGAUUAUUUCCGACAUGGGAAUCAUUCGCCAGAACAUCAUCAACAGCGACCCUCAUCCCUAUGUGUACGUCAUCAGUCGCGGAACUGGUUCAGUCAGUAUCAACAGGAUCGUCCAAACUUAAAUGUAGCCAUGUCAGUGACUUACCUAUUAAAGUAUUGUUUGUUAAGUAA